UGCCACUUGGGACACAAGUGGUGGCAGUCUCGAACAGCACUUGCGCUCUGUGCGACACGCGCGCGUGUUACAAGGCGGGUCUACCUUGUUUAUUAUAUAUCUAACUUGCUUUUCACGUGGAUCUUGUUUAAAAUCGGCAAUCACCUGACCUGGGGAACUAGAAAAACAACAACAACAACAGCAGCAGCAGCCUCAGCGAUCGUUGUCGGGCUGAUCACGCGGCCUGCUUCCUCCUCCUCUUCCUCCUCCCUCGUUCGUUCGUUCACCAGAAGAGGUUUCAUCUUUCGACGAGAAGAUGUUGCCUACGACGACGAUGAUGAUGAAGAUGUUGGUGAUGUUGGCGAUGGUGGCGAUGUGCCGAGCCUGCAGCUACGAGAAUUGUCCCACGUCCCAUCCAGAUAUGAUCAACGUUCACCUCGUUCCACACACGCAUGACGACGUGGGGUGGCUCAAAACCGUCGACGAGUACUACUAUGGAGAAAAAAACGACAUCCAGCACGCGGGUGUCCAGUACAUCUUGGAUUCGGUGAUUCCUGCGUUGGAACAGAACCCGUCCCGUCGCUUUAUCUAUGUGGAGAUGGCCUUCCUGAAGCGCUGGUGGAAACAGCAGGGAGAAGCCAUGCGGCGACGUGUGCGUGCACUUGUAUCGCAAGGACGCUUGGAGAUCAUCAACGGCGGCUGGUGCAUGAACGACGAGGCGACGACGCACUACAACGGCAUCAUCGACCAGAUGACGCUGGGGCUGCGCUUCGUGAGCGAUGAGUUCGGGGGCUGCGCCCGUCCGCGUGUCGCCUGGCACAUCGACCCGUUCGGUCAUUCGCGCGAGCAGGCAUCCCUCUUCGCGCAGAUGGGCUUUGAUGGAUUCUUUUUUGGGCGACUGGAUUACCAAGACAAAGAGCAGCGUAUGAAGGACAAGCAGAUGGAGUUGGUGUGGAGGGGCAGCAAAAGCAUGGGACCGCCUGUGGCCGACCUAUUCACAGGUGUGCUGUUCAAUGGCUACAACCCGCCACCCGGCUUCUGCUUCGAUCAGUUCUGUGACGAUGAGCCCAUCCAGGAUGACCCCAGCCUUUUCAACUACAACGUGGACUCUCGCACGCGUGACUUCCUCAAGGAAGUUGCCAAACAGGCCAAGUUUUACCGCACAAACCACAUCAUCAUGACCAUGGGCUCUGACUUCCAGUACGAAAACGCCAACCUCUGGUUCAAGAAUCUGGACAAGCUCAUCACCUAUGUCAACCAGCUGCAAGUGAACGGCAGCAAGGUUAACUUGGUGUACUCCACGCCAACCUGUUACCUCAACGAGCUAAACAAAGCAAACCUCACAUGGACUGUGAAGGAGGACGACUUCUUCCCGUACGCAGACGGCCCUCACCAGUUCUGGACUGGAUACUUCACGAGUCGCCCGGCCCUUAAGCUCUUUGAGAGGCGCAGCAAUAACCUCCUGCAGGUGUGCACUCAGCUGGAGGUGAUUGUGGCGAGCGGCGCAGCUCGAGGACCCUUGGGACGCGGGUCCAGCUUCCUGCUGUGGGAGGCGAUGGGGGUAGCUCAGCACCACGACGCCGUGUCCGGCACGGAGAAGCAGCAGGUCGCCUACGAUUACGCCAUGCGUCUCUCCCUCGGCUGGGACAGCUGCGAGAUGCUCAUCAGCAAUGCGCUGGCUGCUCUGUCCGGGAGUGGAAAGCCCACGGAGAUCUGCCGCUACCUCAACAUCAGCGUCUGCCCGGCCACGGAGAGUGCUGGCGCGUUUACGGUGGUGCUGUACAAUCCUCUGGGGCGAAGCGUCACGGAGAACGUGCGUCUGCCCGUCAAUGGUUCCCGCUACCUGGUGCAAGAUCCCAGCGGGGCCACCAUGGUGUCCAAGGUGUUCCCCGUGUCGGAUGCGACGCGUGCCGUUCGCCGAACCCUGGGCACAGCCUCCGGCGAGCUCGUCUUCCAGGCGGCGAUCCCUCCUCUGGGAUUCGCCCGCUUCUCUGUGAGCCGAGCCGCCCGGCGGCCCGCAGAGGCCCUCACCGGAUUUGUGGCGCGCGGCCCAAGAGCCGGAGGCAAAGGGGCUCCCAUCUACAUCAAAAACGAGUACUACACGCUGACCUUUGAUGGAAUCUCGGGACUCCUGAGCAACGUGGAGAACAGGAAGAGCUCCCUGUCACUGCCUGUAACACAGAACUUCUACUGGUACAAAUCGAGCAAGGGUGAGGAGGACAACGGUCAGGCCUCCGGCGCAUACAUCUUCCGUCCAAACUCCUCCGAAGCCUUCCCUGUCGCCAAAUCCGCGGUCACGCACUUCACCGUUGACCCCUUGCUACAGGAGGUGCGCCAAGUCUUCUCGCCCUGGUGCUCGCAGGUAAUUCGUCUCUACCCGGGCAAGCCGUACGUGGAGCUGGAGUGGACCGUGGGGCCCAUCCCUCUCGCGGACAAAAUUGGCAAGGAGGUUUUGGUUCGGUUUGACACUCCGUUAAAAACCGACGGUGUGUUCUUCACCGACUCGAACGGCAGGGAGAUUCUGGAGCGCCGGAGAGACAAAAGGCCAACGUGGCCCUUGAAUCAGACGGAACCCGUGGCCGGCAACUACUACCCGGUCAACAGCCGCAUCUAUAUCAAGGACGAGAAGAUGCAGCUGACAGCUCUGACGGAUCGCUCUCAGGGCGGAGCCAGCAUUCGCGACGGGUCCUUCGAGCUCAUGCUCCACCGGCGGCUUCUUUAUGACGACCACCGCGGGGUGGACGAGGCUCUCAACGAGCCGGGCGAGUGGGGCAACGGCCUGGUCGUCAGGGGGCGGCACCUGCUGGUGCUGGAGGCACCGGCACGAUCGGCCGCGCUGCAUCGUCCGCUCGCUCAGGCCGAGUUCAUGGCGCCCAUGCCACUCAUCGGGCCGCCUGUGCAGGCGUGGCCAUCAUCCACGCUCACCCAGUUUUCGGGGCUGACCCGGCCACUGCCGCCGAGCGUCCACCUCCUGACGCUGGCGCCAUGGGGCGACGGCUCGGUGCUGCUGCGGCUCGAGAACCAGUUUGAGCGCGACGAGGACGCGGCGCUGUCGGGAGAAGUGACCGUCGAGCUCACGGGGUUGUUCUCGCGGUUCGAGAUCACGUCGCUGGAGGAGCUCACCCUAGCGGCCAACCAGCGCAAGGCCGACAUGAAGAGGAUGCGGUGGAGCACAGAAUCGAACGACGUUGAGAAACCAUGGCAGCAGGGAGAGACCGAGUCUGCCCUUUUGGCGAUCACUCUGCAGCCGAUGGAAAUCCGCACCUUUAACGUUACCAUUAAGUAUUUGUAAACACAAGCCUGACCAAUCGCACUGUGUCUUGCACUUCCAAUGUCUCGGAGGAUACAUUUUGUGAAAUUAUAACUCAAGGUUUUGGUGUGGUGGGGUUCGUAAGCAUUCACCCAGAUUAUACGAAACAGAUGUGGGCCAAUUCCACGGUAACAGAAUUGCAGAGAAAAUGUAACUUGAUUAGGGCAUAACAUUUCACGUAAUAAAGGUAGUUCUCGUUCCACGAUUUCAUCAUUAGUAUAAACAUAAAGUGGCUUUUCUAUGUGGGCAUGGUAUGUUAACCAAUUCGGGACUCUGUAAUUCAGAUGGAAAUAUGUCCGUCUUAAGUGAGAAAUUUUCAUAAUAUACCGCGGUGUUGGGCGUACUUGGACGAACUGACUUUUUCACACAAGCAUUGAAUUUUUUGUCCGUGUAAAACUAUUGACUCCAUCCAUAACCGAGCCAUAUUUUCUAAAACUACAGAUUACCACCUUUAAUGUAAAACUCCAAGAGUAAUUUCAGGAUGAUUUUUUUUUUUUGUGGUUACCGAAUUUGUGGAUCGAUCCAUCAGCAUCAUGUGGGGGUUUUCUAUCUUCGAAAUGUUUUUAAAUGCAACCGAGUGGUUUUCGCUCUUGUGCUGCACGGCUCUCCGAUGUGUAUUUCGGCUUGUGCCACAUGGAGUUCAGCACGGUGUCCAACAGUUCUCUCCAUGUUGCUGUGCUUGGGACUCCUGCAAAAACAACCAUGUGCGGCGGGCAUUGGAGCACGUGGAGCGAAACGUCAGGACAUUGUGCCGAACAACACGUGGUACAUCCAGAAAUCGCAUCGGAGAGGUUUUUUUUCUCAACUGCAAUUGCAUUUGCACGUAAUGUAAAUUCCAAUAGUAAAUGUAAAUCGUAAUAAUGACAAUUGAAUCAACGUGGUGGGAAUCGUUAGUCAUUCAGAAUCAGACUUUCAAUAUAUACUGGAGGAAUCCGAGGAGCUAUAAAGCUCUUUAGCACAUAUUCGUUACGCUAUCACACACACACACGUGAGUGACACUGGCAAUGAGAUUCUUGCCAGAUUUGACGUGCGCCCCUGAUCCCUUAAUCCUUUAUGAUGUGUAAGCCAAUGCUUUUAUCUCAUGCUGAUUGAUCCACACGCUAAACGCGACACUAUUAAUGUAACGGUGUUUUGUAAUUGUGAUUUAAUUUUUCUUAUAAUAUUUGCACAAGGAGUGAGGUGGCUGUCUACAUGGAGUUAAUAAUGCCUUGCCCCUAUUUGUCUUCAUGUGAAAUUAUUAUUUUUUGCACGUUAUCAGCAGUAUUGGAAAUGCAAGCAAACUGGACCGGUUUUCACUUUCAAUGUCUGAUCAGCAGAGUCGGGCUUGCUUGAACCAUUGCUGGUGAGCUUCCCUUUGUUUAAAGGCAAGGACCCUCCCUGUCAGAUACGAGUCCUAUUUCUACGCAAAAUAAUGUAAUGCAAAACACAAUCAUUAGUAAACAUACCUGUCAACCCUUUAUCAGUACCUACCUCCUUCUUGGUUCUUUCGGUAAAGUCACGUAGAAACAGGGGCGGUUUCUUCAUUAGGGCGAUUGGGCGACGCACCACCAAUGUCAUUCAACCACAGAGUCACGCUAGCCGCCACUGUGCCUCUGGAUAUAGUCCAAUCAGCGUCAUGUCACAUUCUGUGGAGUACCGCCUCUUUUUGGGAGAUUUCACUCCGGCUAAGAAUCGCCCCGAGUGGCCCCAUAGACUUACAUUCAAAGAUGUUUUUUUUCGACCGGGGGGCGCUGCAAUGCAUUCUCUAUGGCUUCCGGGAGGGCUCGCCCUAACGUGCUUACGUCAUCAUACGCAAGCACGUUUCAUCCAACAAUAUAAUUUGUCGCCACCUAGUGGAAUCUUUAAUAAAAGAAACUUGAGUGGAUUGUAUUAAUAGUGAGUAUAGAAACAAACAAGAUGUAUUGUAAGAGUCACUUUAUUUUUCAUUAAUAUUAAAGAAGUGAAGUUGCCUUUACAUGCUUAAGCUGUUAAUUUAUCCAUUGCAUGGGUAGACCUUAUCCUUAUCAAUCAUCCAGACAUUUGCCCCCCCUGAGAGAUUUUGCAGGAGCCGCCACUGCGUAGAAGGGAAAUAAUAAAAUAAUAACAAUUAAACAUUAUUACAGACCAAUUCAGACCUCCUUAGUUACUCUGUACCCUUAUAAAUCUCAACGUUCACCCUACAAAGUCCCAUCACAAGGGAGAAACACAAACAAAUAAACAAAACUUUUUGCCCGGAUUGAAACGGCUGUACACGCCGUAUGGACCUAAAAACGCUAUUUUCCUGUACAAGAAUAUGGGUUAAACCGUAUGGGUUGACACGGUAUGAGUUAGUGUCAUUGUGGAGGAUGUUAAUAACAAAGUAAACCUUAUAUGGAGAGACAAAAAUGGGAAGGGGGAGGGGGCUUUGUUAAUUUUGUUGUAGACGUUCUCCACUGGCGCUGAAGUAACUAAUUACGGCGUUUUAUUUACGUAAAAAACCUUUCUGGCUGUGUCGGGUGGUGUAGGGUUACGACACAUACUGACACGAUGAUUGUUGUGACAUCGACAUAGGAGGUGGUUUUAGCCGUGUAGCAAGCCGUUCCGUCCAGUCGAGGUGCUUGGCUCCAUGGUUGAGGAGGCAAUGCUGUCCUCAGGUAUUUCCAGUUGCGGGUGCAGACAUCUCAAUUAACUUUUGUGCAGGUGUCCUCUGUCUUAAUUCCUGCUCUUCGUAGCCAGCUGCCCGGGUACCCUUCCACUCCAAGGAGUGCGACGCUACAGAGGGCAGCGUGGGAAGAUGUUUGGUUGUCUCUGUUUAGGCUGUUUAAGUCGCGUCAAGGCAGUGCCUUAUGCUUGUACGGGAACAGAUGUGUUGAUGUAGAAAGAGAGUUAAACAUUGCACUCAUUUGUCGACACAUUGAAUAUAUUUUGAAGAUGAAAAUGUUUAUUUUUAAUACCCGGAGAAAUGUAGUCCCGCCGUUUAGUAAUGAAUGUGAUGAGCGUGGUUGGAAUUUCUGAGCAAGUUGCCAAAUACAGUGAUUGUCGUUGAUUGUGGAACAUUUGAAAUUAUAUCAUUGCAUCAUCUGGACAUUUGUUACUUUAUAAUAAAAAAAGCACCUAAUAAACACUGGCACUUAUUUAAAAAAAAAUACUCUUCACAUGUUCUUUCACCAAGUUAUUCUCAGCUCGCUGCUCAAGUAUAUUUUAUGUUUAUGAAAUAU